AUGCAGGAGAGGAAGAGCUUGCUGUCGGGGAGAUUUACAAGCACUUCAAACCCUGCGACUGGCAGUUGGUACAGGGCCCCGAGCCUUGUUCAGCGAGAUCGCAUCGAACCUGAAUGGAAGCAACAAGGAUCACCGGUCAGUAAUGCGCAUCCCCAAAGGACAAGGCUUCCUCGGAUGCUGCAGACCUUUCUCCUGUUGCAGAUGACGCAGGCUUUCCGGCUUCGAGGCCUCCGCGUCUGGUGCAAACGGCCAGGUCGAUCCUUUGCGGUCGACAUUGCUUCGGCCUCAACUGUUGAACUAUUCACCAAUCCACCCGAAGGCUCAUCGCCCGAGAAUUCGUCGCCUAAGGUAGACUUGGGAGCAGACGAGAAUACAGCUGGCCCGGAUGAUGUCUCCAUGGCGUCUGUCAUGAAAUUCCCUCGGACUGCCGACUGGAUGCCAGACGAUGCCGAAGAAUGGCGACAAACAUGGGUGAUUCUGUUUGAUCGGUUUUGA